GGAAGAAAGGGGCCCUCUGCUUACAUGCAGCCGUGUCCUGGCUCGCUCUGCCCCAGCCUGGCGGUGUCGAGGCCUCGGUGGGCCUCUGAGGAGGACGCAUGGAGAAGACCCCAAGGGAGCAUCUGCUGGCGGCGCUGGAAGACCUGGGGGAAGAGGAGCUGAAGAAGUUGAAGCACAAGCUGCCCGAAAUGCAGCUGAAGGAGGGAUACCGAGCCAUUGGCUGGGGGAAGCUAGAAAAAGCAGAUGUCCUUGACCUUGCUAAGAACCUGAUUGACUCUUACGAAGGGGAUUACGCCUUGGAGGUGACCGUGGAGGUGCUGAGAUCGAUAAACCAGAGGGAGCUGGCAGAGAAGCUGGCCCAGGCCACUGGAAAGGGUGCUUUACAUUCUGAACAGGAAGCAGACAGUCAGCAAGUUCCAGAGUUGGGGGAGAAAGCUCUUCUGAAAGCGAGGGAGGCUCUCCAGGGCGUCCUGUCCCGGCUGAAGAUGGAGCCGUACAGAAGCAGGAAGCUGAGGCUGAGGGAUCUUCAGGAAAUCAACCCAGAAAGUCUGCAGAGCUGGACUCCUCGGGCCGUAGGGGAUUUACCGUGGCAUUUCCUCAGGAAGGUCCUGGCUCUGGAUGGGGCGGCCAGAAACACGAACCUCGGGCAGGGAGGAUCUGGUGACCAAGCCGGCCGUGAGGAGAACGAGGGACAAGGUGACGGUGGUGAGAUCCUUCCUCAUAGCAACACGGACUCUAGGGCUUCCCUGCACCCCCUGGACGUUCUCUGCGCCGUGCUGCUUUGCUCAGACAGUUUCCUGCAGCAGGAGAUCCUGUCCAGAAUGUCCAUGUGCCAGUUUGCCCUGCCUCUGCUGCUGCCCGCCCUCGACUCCCCCAGGUGCACCCUGCUGCUGUGGGCCAUGCGGGACAUUGUGAGGAGGUGGCGGCCGCACUCCCUGGCACAGAGCCGAGGGUUCAGGGAGGAGAGCCUGGUGCUCACCCCAAUGCCAACCAUCUCCUUUGUGCGGCUGGGCAGCUGCCGCUUCUCCAAGUCCCAGCUCCUCAACGAGGUUCUCAGCCCCGCCCAGCAGCACCACGACUUCUUUGUCCAUCGGGACAUGGAGUCUGGGAAUGUCCCACGGGAAAUCGCUGACGGGCUGGUCGAGAUUGCCUGGUACUUCCCUGCCGGGCGGGAGAAAUCGGAUCUUUUCCCUGAGCCCGUUGUGAUUACAAACCUGCGCGGGGACAUAGAGUCGCACUGGCUGCAGUUCAGAUUUUUAACGGAGAUCUCCUCAGCGGUGUUCAUCGUUACCGAGGGCAUCGGUGAGAGAGAAUACGCCCUGUUCUCCUCUCUAAAGGGGUCAGACAUCAAAUACUACUUCAUCCUCAACCAUGAGUCCAGCAAACAGACCGAAACACAGGAAUUCCUCAGCAAACUGGCACCGGUGCUGAAACUGAGCAAACAACACGUCCUCGAGAAAGAAAUCGGGACCAACCAAGAGGAAUUCACGGAAAAGCUGUGCUCUGUCAUAGGAAGUAUCAUGAACGACCAUCCCAAACAGAUGAGUACGGAAAGUAUGACCAAGGCCGCAUGGGCACAGGGAAUCCGGCUGGAUGAGGACUGUGAGGAAUGCCAGACAGCAAGUACCUGCGCGAAAGAAAUCACGGCAGAAAUAAAAGAGGUGAGGCAUUACAAGAAAGAAACACUGACAUUGCAAGGGGACUUAUGGAAGGGCUUAAGCAACGUGGAAAGAGAAAUGUGCCGGUUGAAUGGACAAGGGGACAUACCCACCGAAGAAUAUAAAUCGAGGCUGAAAGAGAAAUGGUUGCAGAUACGCGCACAGCAGCAUGAGUGUGACCUUCCCGAUGGUUUGACUAAAUUUGUCAAUGGAAUAGGAAUGCUGUCUCCAAGGGCAAUACACUACUUCCUGAAAUGCAUGACAUUUAAUCUAGAUUGUAUCGCCAGGGGGAACCUCCUUCGCCAGCAGCCUGGCCCAUCAAAGUUACCAAAACUGAAUGAAUCCAGCUCUGGCUGUUCCCUAGGGGUGGAGCAUUUCUUACGGGAACUGGCGCAGUUCUACGAGGCUGAAUACUCCAUGAUGAAGGAAGGCAAAAUAGCAAAAAAUCAAAGGAAAUUCAUUCACUUCCCAAGGUUAGCAGCUGAUCUGAUGCUGGAAGGGUUUCCCAUGGAGCUGGUCGAUGGAGAUGCCUCCAACAUCCCGCUGCAGUGGGUGACCGACAUUCUGGCUCAGCUCCAUGCCAAGCUGGGGGGAAGGUCCAGGAUGCUGGUUCUAUCGGUGCUGGGGGGGCAGGGCACCGGGAAAUCCACCCUCCUCAACACCAUGUUCGGCCUGCAGUUUGCAGUGAGCAGCGGCCGAUGUACACGAGGAGCCUUCAUGUCACUCGUCAAAGUGGCAGAGACCUUUCAGCCGGACCUGGCCUGUGAUUUCCUCCUGGUGAUCGACACAGAAGGCUUGAAAGCCCCUGAACCAGCCAAGCUGGAAGAUGGUUACCAGCACAACAAUGAGCUGGCCACGUUGGUGUUUGGACUGAGCGACAUCACCCUCGUUAACAUGGCCAUGGAGAACGCCACCGAAAUGCAGGCGGUCCUGCAAGUCGUGGUCCAUGCCUUCCUCAGAAUGGAGGAAGUGGGACACACACCCACCUGUCUAUUUGUGCAUCAGAGUGUCAAGGAUGCAGCUGCCUAUGAGCAAAACAUGAGGGACAGGAAAUACCUUGCGGAGCAGCUGAAUGAGAUGAUCAAAGCUGCAGCCAAAAUGGAAAAGCUACAGACGCAAAUUACAGUUUCUGACCUUAUGGGCGAUACAGCAGAGAAACACAACUGGUGCCUCCCUGGCCUGUGGCAAGAAGACCUUCCCACGGCAUCUGUGAGCACUGGGUACAGUGAGAGAGUCUAUGAACUAAGGAAAGAUGUAUUGGCAUUUGCAAUACAACAUUCCGUUUACAGCAUUCCUAAAGACAUUCCACAGCUGAUCGAAUGGGUGAGAAAUCUGUGGAGUGCUCUGAAGCAUGAAAACUUCCUCUUCAGCUUUAGAAACCCAUCCGUAACCAACGCCUACACCAAGGUAUCUGCACAGUCUGUCGCGUGCGAAUGGCAGUUCCGCAAGGAGAUGAAUCUGUGGGUGACAGAAAAACAAACUUUCUUCCAGAAUCAACUACCAUGCAACUUUGAUGCUCAUGUCCUCACUAACAUAACAAAGGAGACGAAGCGGAAAUGGAGCUAUUUAUCGCAUGUUUUUCUGGAGCAGAUUCAAAUUGCAGCAGCAAAACAAUCAGUUAGAAAUGUGAAGGCUUUUGUUAGGAAUACAGUUUCUCAUUCAUUGCUAAGGACGAGUGAUUCACACUCCAUUUGCUCCAACCUGGUGACCGUCGGCAAGGAAUGGCGAAAGAAAAACACAAUUCAGGCGCUGUACAUAAAAACCAUUGAAGGUGAACUGGACAUUCUUCUGGAAGACUGUAAAACGAGAAAGCACCAAAUAGACAACAAGGAGCUGGCCGUGGAGUUUGAGGAAAUGUGGAGUGAGACAUUGUCAAAAAUACGGCUCAACUGUUUGGACAAAAAGCAAAUUUAUCAAGACAUUGAGUUGCUGCUGAGGGAGGACCUGGAGACGUCACCCAGUCUAACGCUAGAGCAGCACAGCAACGUACUGAAUCAUGGCACAAAAGCUUUUGUUAUGAAAAAGGAGUAUUUGGACUUACACUGGCUUAGGAGCCUGAAUGAACGGUUCACACAGAAACGCUGGCGUAAAACAGAAGAACUUGUUCACUCUUUAAGGGAACAGUGCAAGGAUUACGUUAAAUGCCUUGCCGAUGCCAAAGAGCACUAUGACGAAACCUACGGCAGAGAUCUGUUGAGGAUGAUCAAUGAGCGGCUUCAAGAGGCCGAUGUUCAGAACCUUCACACGAGCGCUUGCUUCAACAUGGACCUGAAGCUUCACAUUUUGGGGGAAGUGGUUCCUUUAUUAGAGAAGAUGCAAGCAAACUUCCUCCAAGAAAAUGAUCCUGAAGUGUAUCUGGAGAAACUAAAACCCCAAUACCUCACCACGUUUAAAAACCUGUAUUUGGGGACGGAUUCCUGCCAGACACGAGCCAGGGACUUUUGUCAUUGGUGUCUUAAACCUGCCCUGGUGGAAUAUGUGAAUAACCGACUUGGGUUAGAAAUAGUGGAUGACAUUCUCAGCAGUGGGCAAUUUGAUGAAUGUACAAACCGAAGCCUUUUCCAGUUCACAGUCCUUAAGAAGCUGCUGAAAUAUGAAAACUUUGACUCCUAUAUCAUAUACAUUAACAAUUAUGCAAAUUUUGUCAAAAUCUGGGUGGAAGGCCUCUUACAAGAUAUCUACAGCCAGAAAACCCGGCUGCAAAACCUGGAGAAAGAGAUUCUGUUCCCAAUCAUGAAGAAAGUCAUGCAGGCUCUGGAGUUUGCCAAUGACCAAAGAGCGAACACGGUCGGUGACUUUUUAGGCCUGUUUUGUGGAGCAUUACAGAACGACUUGGUGAUAACCAGGGACCGGCUCGCAGCCACACAAUUUAAAAACACCGCAAGUGCCGCGCAGUUUGUGGCUGACGUUCAGGCUGCUCUCCCUGAGCUAGAAAAAGAUGUUUUAGCUGAAUUUGACGAGAUGACCUUUACAUCCAAACUCUCCAACCUGUUUGUGAAGCCCCAGGAUGAAAUCUUCAAGUGCGUGUUUGGCUGCGGGAAGCAGUGUCCGUUCUGUAAGGUCCCUUGUGAAGCAGGAGGGGUGGACCAUGCAGAACAUUUUGCUACAGUCCAUCGGCCGCAGGGAUUGGGGCACUGCAAGAACAAAAAAACAGGGAUGUUGGAGUACUCAUUGUGUUCUUCCGAUGUGGUUUCCAAAGCAGUAUUUACAAAUUCAGAAACGGAAACAAAAUUUCAUCCUUACAAAGAUUACCGACAGAUUUACCCCGACUGGCGCAUCCAGCCCGAUCCCAGCAUCGACACUUCCGACUACUGGAAGUUCGUUUUUAACAGGUUCAACUAUAAGUUUGCUAGGAAAUACAACGCAAAGCCAGCAAAUCUGCCGCAGGCUUGGAAAAACAUCACCAAGGAGCAGGCGCUAGAGAGCCUAGAGGAGGCAUUUAACAUAAAACAACCAACCAGCACAGAGGCUCUUUAAGCGGCAUGGACAUAUGCCAAAGGCCAGUAUGGUUUUGAUUGUUACCUGAAUGCAAUAGUCUUGCUUUUUCUGCACUUGUAGUUUCUUUAGUGCUCUGAGUACAAUAACAGCACAAAACACUGAAAGCCAGGACUGGUGGCUGUAAACAAACUUUAUGGGACCACUUGUCCACACUCAUGAAAAGUUAGCCUCAGUGCUGGAACUGAACAAGUGAAACAUGCUGGAGAGAAGCCACAGCCCAAAUGGGACAGAAGUGUUGGAGGCAAAGGAGGAGUAAGGGGAGAGUUAAAAUGGUGGUUGUUCUUUCUCACCUGUUAAUGAUGAUAUUUGGUUCCCUAAACUUUUGGGGUGUUGUCUGUUAACCCCCAAUCCCUUCCCUGAGUGAGUGAAGAAGAAUGUCUGAGGUAAACAGCAGGAGUAAACAACUAUGCACACGACCCCCAGCAGGGAGUGCACACGGCCCCAGCAGGGAAGGCACACGGCCCCCAGCAGGGAAGGCACACGGCCCCAGCAGGGAGUGCACACGGCCCCCAACAACAAUGCACAUGGCCCCCAACAACAAUGCACACGACCCCCAGUAGGGAGUGCACACGGCCCCCAGCAGGGAGUGCACACAGCCCCCAGCAGGGAGUGCACACGGCCCCAAGAUGGCCCACACUCAGAGGCUGCAUGUGGAUGAUCCUUAAAGGAGAGAGGGACAGAGACACAGUGGGUUGACCAUCAAGUGGAGCCUCCCAGAACGCCCUCUGCUCAGAUCUCCUGGCCAGUGGACCAGCUUAGGAGUCAACUUGGGAAGAUCAAACAAUAUGAACUGCCUCCUACUUGCCUUAUCAUCCUGCCUGGCACUGUAAGUGUGAUUGAGUGUAUGGGCGAGAUUCCCCUCCCUUCCCAGUUUUAAUUGAAUAAACAAACCCUUUACACUCCUAUGUGGUGAUCCCCUCUCCUUAGAGUUUAAAGCAGUUGCAAUCCACAUCCCCUUGCAACAAGAAUUAGUGGAGAUUCUCCAGCACUCUAUACGCAGCAUAAUGAACUCCUCCCAGGAAGGCGUCAAUAUGGAAGUGCUGGCUAGGGACACCUGGUUGGUCACUGUGGUGAGCAGAAAGGCCUGGAAGAUAUGGAGAGAGAGAUUCUCUCUCCACAACAAUAGAGAAAGUCCAGGGCGCGCUGGAAAACUCCAAAGAUCAGACGGACUCGACCUUGGUCUUUCUCGACAACGUUUGCAAAGUGCUGCAGAAAGACUUAGUCAAUUCCAAGCACGGCUUAGAGGGGAUACGCUUCAUAAACACCGUUAACGCGGAGAAAUUUGCGGUUUUCAUUCACACUUUCCUUUCGGAGCUGGAACCCCAAAUCUUAGCUGAAUUUGAAAAUUUGGAAAUCGACUCUAAACUUUCCCAUCUGUCAGUGAACCUACAGGAGGAGAUCUUCAAGCAAGUGUUUGGCUGUGGGAAGCAGUGUCCGUUCUGUAAAGUGCCCUGUUAGGCAAAAGGCGCCGACCAUACGGAACAUUUUGCAUCGGUGCAUCGGCCUCAAGGAUUAGGGAGAUACCGCGGGCUGAAAUCAAAUAUACUUGUCUGUGAAAUAUGCACCACUGCUGUCCAUUCCAGCAGCACGUUCUGAUGCCCAGAGACACAAUGGGAGGCCCGUCCCUUGAAGGAGUAUCGUGUAAUUUUCCCCGACUGGCGCAUCCAGCCAGAUCCCGACGUCGACGCUUCUGAUUACUGCAAGUUUGUGUUUAAGGAGUUCAAUGGAGAAUUUGCCAAAACGUAUAAAGUUGAACCAGCGGAGCUCCCAGGAGGCUAGGAAAAGAUCACUCAAGAGCAGGCCCUGUAGAGCCUGGAGGAAGCCUUCAAAAUUAAAUAACAAGGGGUGGACAAAUUCCAUUGUGCACAUGUGCAUCUGCCUCAGUGCAUAGAGAAAAAUUUAUGCUGCACAUGGAUGAAAAAGAUGAGAUCGAACUUUCCCUUACACCCCAGUGUUGGCACAGAGCAGGGUGAGCGUUGGCACCCCCAUUGCAUUCCCCAGCUGGCUCAUUGGGCAGUGGGGUUAGCCCCCGUGCUUCUAUUCUUCUCCCAGGCUGGAGUGCCAGGGACGGUGGCAGGGGGUGGGGCUGGAUGCAAGCUGGGUGAGCCAAGCCCACCUGUGGCUACACCCUGGGGGAUGUUUUGUGAUCGGUGGGAAAUACAGAAAACUCAGGUACAAUUUGCAGCUUUCAAAUGGAGACUGAAAGUAAGAACAUCGAUUCCUUACUACGCCGGCGAGGCGCCGGUGUCCUACCUCCGAGCACAUGUCGUCUAGGUAGCACGGGGUGUGAAGAGCCCUCCCAGGUUAAAAUGGUUUGGGAGGGGAACUCCCUUUCUGUUGCUAUGAGGAAGCCAUGAGAUGUCCAGCUACCUUUUCCUAUCUUGGGCAGGUUGAAAUUUCUCAUGUUCCCCCCUGUGACAAGGCC